AUGUCGUGGCGGGCGCGAUUCACGCCGUGUGUGGCGUCUCUCACCGUCUGGCUGAACCCGAAAGACCCUAACUGCUUCGGCGUGCGCAACUGGUGGCGCAAUAACCUGCCCGAACUGCAGCUGCUGAACCCCUUCUGCACUUUCACCAUCCAGGAGCUUUCCUUCGGUGAGCCGCACAUGUACAUCAACUACACCCCUACCGACCAGCGCAUGAUCCGUUUAGCGGGGGCAACAGAGGAGGAGUGUGAGGACAUCAUGGAAGCCUGCAUCACGUACGGAAUGAACCACGCCAUUAUCGAACGACCACGCACUGACGAUGGCGGCGAUUUGGUUAACCAACCAGCGAUCAUUUCGUUUGGCUAUACCGAGAGCUUUAUUUCCAAACUAGAGGUGGCGCCACCGGCAGACAUCGGACAACGGACGUCGGAGGGUGUUGACGAUCCCGGCCAGAAGCCGCGUGUCUACCCAAGAAACGUCGGCUGCAAAAUUAUUCCGUGA